AUGACUCAUUCUCAAAUUUUAAAAGACAAAAGUAUUAGUAAUGGAAUCUAAUACUUGUGGAAUAUCAUUGAAUAGAUUUCAUAAGAUCCUGUUUCUGAGAAAUCAAGAGAUUUUUUAACUGAUUUACCUAACAUAUUGUACAUUAUUUUAGGAGCCGAAAACAAAAAGGGAUGGCUAACUCAGUCUUUUGAAGAUUUAAACAAUCCUUCACGUUUUUCAACAGUAAAUUCAGAGGAAAAUAUGAGAUAACUUAUUCUUCUGCUUAGCCCUCCUAUUAUUAGCUAACAACUUGAAAAUUGUUAUUAUAAAGAGAAUAUUUACACACUCUUAUUUGAAAAAGAAUUAGUUGAAGGUUAAAAAUUCUAGCUCUUAUCAAAUGUACUCCCUGAUCACAUAACUGAAUUAAGAAAAAAUUGUGUUUGGAAACAUCCAAGUUUGACUAGAUUUUAAAACCUCUUCUCCAGCGAAGUUUCCCAUAUAACAGAUUAGUUUAUUGUAAUCAAUCCAGGUGACUGGUUUUUGUUUGCUUUAGCAUUUAAUUUAAAGAACUUCCGCCCAUCUUCUAAUCUCAAAAAUGUAAGAUAAAUACAAGAUAAUCACACUGAUCCUUACAGCAUUGAGUUCAUGCAAAAUCCUUUCUUACUGCUUACUCGUAGAUAUCUUGAAUAUUUUGAUUUCCUCUCUCUAUCCCAAAUGCAAGAGCAUAAAGAUAAAAAAGUUCUUUUCAAAAAGUUUUGCUUUAUUUUAGAAGAGCAUUUACUAGUUGAGCAAAUAUUCAACAUUCAUCCAUAAAACAUAGAAAUUCUACUUCAUUAUUCUAUUUUAGAUGGAUUGCAAAACAGGGAAGUUAGAUAAAACUUACCAACUAGGAAAAAAUCACUAAACCCUAUCGAAAACGAGCAAACAACUCUUUCUAACGAAUCUAAAUUAAUGGGAAAUAUGUAUGAUAGUUAGAUAAAUGGUGGUUCUAAACUAAGCACUGGUUAAGGAUCUUAAAUACAUUAGUAACAGCAUAAUUUAGCAAAUUUAUCUGGACAAGCUAAUUAACAGCAAUCUUUGAUGCAAUCUGCUAACGAUGUUGUUGACAAUUUUAGCGGAUACAGCAAAAAUAAUAUUUUGUAGCAUUAUAUGCAAAUAUCUAAUAUAAAAGAAUUUUACACUAAAAAGAGCAAGGAUUCAUUUACUGUUUAUUCUAAUUAUAUUUUCCAAGCUCUUCUUAUUUUACUUCAUUUUAAGAGACGUCACUUUAAGUUGCUCACACUUUAGUCAAUCUACUCAAAUGCAACAAAUAGUAAUAUUAGAGGUAAUUCCUCUCUAUAUGGUAAUUAUUACUCAAACUAAGGCAGCUUGCGUAAUUCUUAAUCUAAUUUUAACUAAUCUAGCAGAGUGUCACAAAGUACAAUUUCUAAUUUUUAGUCUCCAUACAUUGGUGCCCCUGCCAAUUCUUUUAUGGGAUAUGGAAAUAAUCAAUACUCUAAAUCUUCUUAACAAUAUUUUAGCAGAUUGCGUUAAUAAUAUUAAAAAUAUCAAGAAUUCAACAAUAUGGAAAUUACUGCUGACUAAUUCUAACUUGAAUAUUUCCGUGAUCAUGGAGAAGACAAUAUGCUAACACUUUUCUUUAAAAAGAUUAGUUAUUUCCUAUCAAUUGGUUUGGAUGACUGGUUGAAGGAUGUUACUAAAUAAUCCAAAGACACUCUUUAUGACCAAGGUAGACUCCUUGCCAGUUUAAUUGGUCACCACAAAUACUUUGAAAAAGAAGCUUGUGAAAAUAAUUUGUUUUAUUACCUUAAUUAAAUUGAUUAAUAGCUAUUUAAUUAAGCAAAUCUGAGAAAUUUAUCUAACUCAACUAACUAUUCAAAUUAGAAUACUAACCAAAAUCUCAACUCAAACUCAACUGGAUAAAAUGGCUCUGCAAUAAAAAGUUAGUACAAAGAAGAGCCUGUUGACAUCCCAUCAAGACCAUUCUUAACUCAAUACUGUCUAAAUGAUUAAGAGUUCGAAAGGUUAUUACCAAGUCUUUAUACUUAGGAGAAUUCUCGCUACUCUUAUGGAAGCUAUACUUAACAAUAAAUGAUUCGUACUAGUUUUAGAGAGUAAAUAGGAUAUUUUACCGAAGAAUUAUCCUAAGUUAGAUUCAAAAUUUUAGUAACUUCAUGCACACUUCUUUUGAAUAAAUUCAUCACAGCUUUUUCAGUGAUGAAAGAUUUAUCAUUAAGCGACUUUUUAAUGUUGUCUCUACUUAUAGACACAGUCUUUAAAAAAAGAUAUAUGGAUGAGAGAUCCCUUAACACAAGUAUGAGCUACGAUUAUAAAGGAUAAAACAAAGACGAAGAUUUAAUUACUAGAUUAAACUGCCUUGAUAUUGUUACAAUAAAACAUGCAAAUGAAUUUUUCUUGCUUAGAGAAAAUGAUGAAGAUAUCUAUAGAGUAUUCAUCACCCCAGAAUCUAUUGAAUGUGUCCGUAAAAUAAACAACUAAAUAGAACAAUACCUUAAUAAAAAAAGCAACUAAAAAAAUUAACAAUAACAGCCAAGAAAUGAAAUAGAAGAUAUAGAAUUUCUUCCAUAAUACGAAAUAGAUCCUUUCGUUAUAUAAACUUAUCUCAAGAACAAAUUAAAUUUCGUUUUAAAGAGAUCUAAUUAAAAUGGAGGAUCUUCAUUUUAUAAUUCUAUGAAAGACCCUUAAGGAAAUGAUAAAGACGGAAGAAAAGGAAAAUUAUUUGAAAUUGAAAAUAGAAGAGCUUCAUAUAAUUUCUAAACUUGGAAAGCACCUCUAGCUUCAUUUGAAAGCAAAUUUUUAUAUUACAUUUUCUUGUAAAUUUCUUUCUUUAUUGACUAUGCUAAAAAUGGUUUCUAGCCUGUUAACCCAAUUGCUAAAUAUCCUUAAACUAAUUUAAGAAGAUUUGCCAAUAUUUACACUACGGUAUCCUACUUACUACUAUUUGUUUUCUUGAUAUUUAUUUUUAAAUGGUUGUUCUCCUCAUCAGCUCCUACUAGUAAUUACAAUCAAAAUUAUAGUAAAAGGAAUUAUUAGGGAGAUACUACAAAAGGUAAAUAUAAAUGGGAUCUAGAAUGA